GUUUAUUUUGGUGGACAGAAAAAAAUCAAAGAGCUCGGAGCCUGUUCGUACUUCACAAAAGCGUCUGUACUUCUGCAUGGAAAUACAAAGUUAUAAAAGAGAAUUAACAACAAAAGGUCCUGGUCGGUGGCUGAUUGUUUCCUCAAAGCUCUGCUAAUGUUUGCAUUGGUGUUUUAGCUCAAUAUGGCAGAGGAGCGAGCAAAGGACUCUUUCUCAGAGAAACACAGUGUGAGAUCAGGUUCAUAUGUGUCCAGCUCUGUGUCUCUGAAGAGUGACGAGUCAAGGAAGGGUUUACCUCCAGAGUUCGGUGAACAACUACCAUCAUCCAACAGAAGCGUUGAAUAUGAGUUAUCAGAUUCAGUUGACAAGACUCACUGCAACCGCAAGAGUUUCACAGACCAUCUCCUGAGGAUCUUUCAGGAUCUUGAGAGCAAAAUCUUCAAAGUUCUGAAGAAUGAACUGGAGAAAUUUAAGCAGAUCUUACAAGGAGAAAAUACACAAGACUUUGCGAAGGGCUUUAAUGAGAACCAAAGUAGUAUCACUAAAUCAGCUCUUGAUCUCACACUCUUGUUGCUGAGAGAGAUGAAGCAAGAUGAAGUUGCUGAUACUCUCGAAGAUGAGCUGCUCUUUAUUAAUCAAUUAAAAAGUAGCCUGAAGAAAACAUACCAAAGUGUUUUUGAAGGAAUUGCACAACGAGGAGACUCCACACUUCUGAAUAACAUCUACACAGAUCUCUAUAUCACUCAGGGUGCGAUUGAACAGGUCAAUACUGAACAUGAGAUAAGGCAGAUUGAAGCUGCUUCCAGAUGUCAUCAAUCACUAGAGAUACAGGUUGAAUGUAAACAUUUGUUUGAAGCACCUGAACAAGACAAGCAGAUCAGAACUGUCCUGACAAAAGGAAUUGCUGGCAUUGGGAAAUCAGUCUCUGUGCAAAAGUUUGUUUUGGAUUGGGCUGAAGGAAAAGAAAAUCAAGACAUCAGCUUAAUAUUUCCUCUUCCAUUCAGAGAGAUGAACUUAAAGGAGAAAGAAAAACUAAGUCUGAAAGACCUCCUAACUCAGUUUUUCCCAGAGACCAAAGGACUGAACCUUACAAGAAGGAUACGAAACAAAGUCCUGUUCAUCCUUGAUGGAUUGGAUGAAUGUCGUCUUCCUCUGAACUUUGCCGGUAAUGAGACAUGUCAUGAUGUUUUGGCACCAGCCUAUCUGGAUGUUCUCCUGACAAACCUUAUCAAGGGAAAUCUGCUUCCUUCUGCUCUCAUCUGGAUCACCAGCAGACCAGCAGCUGCCAGUAAGAUUCCUGCUGACUGUAUCGACCGGCUGACAGAGAUACGAGGAUUCAAUGAUGCCCAAAAGGAGGAGUACUUCAGAAAGAGACUUGCAGAUCAGAAUCUGGCCAUGGAAAUCAUUGAGCACAUUAGACAGUCAAGGAGUCUCUAUAUUAUGUGCCACAUCCCAGUCUUCUGCUGGAUUUCAGCCACUGUUCUGCAGAAUGUAUUGAAGGAGACUGAAGUAAAACACAAGGCUUAUGCUAAAGCACUGCAGGAAUCUCCCAAGACUCUGACACAGAUGUACACACACUUUCUCCGCUUUCAGAUCCAGCAAAGCAGGCAAAAGUAUGAUGGAAAAAACACAGCUGGUGUUUCCUGGGAUCAAAACCUCAUCCUUUCACUGGGCAAACUGGCCUUCCAGCAGCUGGAAAGAAACAAUGUGAUCUUCUAUGAGAGUGAUCUGAAAGACUGUGGCAUUGACGUCUAUAAGGUAUCGGUGUGCUCAGGCAUGUGUACCCAGAUCUUUAAGCAGGAGACAGGAAUCAUCCUUGGUAACAUGUACUGCUUUCUUCACUUGAGCAUUCAGGAGUUCAUCGCAGCUCUUUAUGCACAUUUGUAUCUAAACAUCAAAAAGAAAUCCGUGUUUACUGUUGGACAGAAGCACAAAAAUAAAGGCAUGACUGGUUUGCUGAAGACAGCAGUUGACAAGGCUCUGGAAAGUGACAAUGGACAUCUGGAUCUUUACCUUCGCUUCCUUCUUGGUUUGUCACUCCAGACCAAUCGACGACUCUUACGAGGUCUCUUGACACAGCAGGACAACAGUGACCAGAGCAAAGAGGAAAUAGUUGUGUACAUCAAGCAGAAACUUGAAACAAAUCUUUCUCCAGAGAGAGCCAUCAAUCUGCUCUACUGUCUGAAUGAACUGAACGACCAAUCUCUGAUGAAAGAGAUUCAGUCCCACUUUAGAGAUGGAAGUCUCUCAUCUGCUGAUCUAUCACCUGCCCAGUGGUCUGCUUUGACCUUUGUGUUGUUGACCUCCGAGGAGAAGCUGGAGGAGUUUGAUCUUCAGAAAUUCAAGAAAUCAGACGAGUGUCUCAUCAGACUAUCGGCAGUCAUCAAAACCUCUAAAAGAGCUCUGCUACAGUGCUGUAAUCUCACUGUUCAGUCUUGUGAGAGUUUGUCUUUAGCGCUACAAUCCUCAAACUGUGUUCUGAGAGAGCUGGACCUGAGUAACAAUGACCUGCAGGAUUCAGGAGUGAAGCUUCUCUCUUGUGGACUGAAGAGUUUAAACUGUCCACUGGAGAUACUGAGGCUGCAGUGCUGUAAUUUCACUGCUCAGUCUUGUAAGAGUUUUUCUUUAGCUCUACAAUCUUCAACCUGUGUCUUAAGAGUGCUGGACAUGAGUAACAAUGACCUGGGAGAUUCAGGAGUGAAGCUUCUUUCUGAUGGACUGAAGAGUUCAAACUGUAAACUGGAGAUUCUGAGAUUGUCUGGCUGUAUGGUGACAGAGGAAGGCUGCGCUUUUCUGUCUUCAGCUUUGAGUUCAAACCCCACACACCUCAGAGAACUGGAUCUGAGCUACAAUCAUCCAGGAGAUUCAGGACUCGCGCUGCUCUCCCAAAAACUGGAGGAUUCUAACUACACACUGGCCAAACUCAAUGUGGAUCAUGCAGGAGCGAAGAGGAUUACAGCAGGACCACGCAAAUGGAUCUGUUAUCUCACGCUGGACCCAAACACGGCAAACACUGAACUCAGUCUGUCUGCGGAGAACAGAGAAUCGACACGUGUGAUAAAGAAACAGUCGUAUCCGGAUCAUCCAGACAGAUUUGAUUAUCAUCCUCAGGUGUUGUGCAGAGAGAGUGUGUGUGGACCCUGUUACUGGGAAAUUGACUGGAGUGGAGAUGUUGGCGCGUGUAUAUCAGUGUCAUAUAAGAGCGUCAACAGUAAAGGAAAUGAUGAGUUUGAGUUUGGAUGUAAUGAUCAGUCCUGGGGUUUGAGCUGCUAUUCCUCCAGAUUCUCAUACGGACACAAUAAUAGAUGGACUGAUCUCCCAGUGAAGCCGAUCAGCAGUAGAAUAGGAGUGUAUGUGGAUCACAGUGCAGAAACUCUGAGAUUCUACAACAUCUGUAGAAACACAGUGAACCUCGUCCACUCAGUCCAGACCACAUUCACUCAGCCUCUUUAUGCUGGGUUUAAGGUUUAUUCUGGAUCAUCAGUGAAACUGUGCUGAAGGCUGCGGAGAGAUUCUUCGUCACAUUAAUCCUUCAGCGGAACUUCAGAUAAUGUAAAUAUGUAAAUUAAACAAGCCUGUAGCAAUCAGUUGUGCUGUAUCGAAUACGUGUAAUAAUCGAAAGAUAUUUACUUAUUUAAUGAACGUCACAUUUGCAAUACUUCUACAGUAUUCUCUAUUGUAAUUAAAAGUGAAUAACAUUAUUAGAGGUGCAGUAAGAUUGACACCCAGUGGUUGAACUAGGUAUUGCAGUUCAAAAUUAAAACCCUUUUUUCCCCAGCGCCUCCUCCCUGAUUGCCUUCAUAACUUAAAUGAAAUACGGUGUGGCUUCCAAGACAGCCCAGGGUGCUGAUAUAUCCCUGGGUAAAACCCGAGUGGCCGUGUUUAAUGCCCCUUUCACACCAGACGCGGAAGAAGUGUCAAGCGCGAGUGAUUUACAUGUUAAGUCAACGCAAAGGCACGAUUAGACAUACUGCGGCGUGAUUUGCACGAAUGAGGCAGCGCGAAUGACAUGGUUCAUGCGAAUGAAGCAGCAUGAGUUGAGUGUUUUGCAUGGCCCGCUCGAGUUGGAAAAAUCUGAAUUUCAGCAGAGAUUCGCGCCGCGUUAACCAAUCAGGAGCUUUCUCUUGUAGGGGUGUGCUUAUAACAGCGCCUGUUGUUGGUGUCCCGGGGGAAAUCCUCCUGCCGACACCGGACAACAGUUGAUCAAACUGGGCUCGGCUCAGUCGGAAGCACAGCUGAAAGCUUCCAUCAUCAAGGUACAGUGUCUGGAGGAGUUUAUGUACUUACAGAGCUGGGUGCACCUCUGAAAGGAUCUAGUGGACUCAGACAAGACUCCAAACGAAUCGAUGUUGUUUUUCAGCCUUCAUAAAGCACAUAAACACAGCUAUUCUCUCAAUAAAAUCCAUGUUAGCCAUUUAGCAACGAAGCUAGAGUCACUGGGCAGAAGCCCUGCUCAUGACACGAUUCUGCAUAUAUUGUGAAGCAGAUUUUAUCCGCGCGUGCCGCGUCUGGUGUGAACACAGCAUUAAACCAUUGAUUCUUUAAGGAAACAGUCAACUCAGAGUUGAAUAAAUGAAUCAUGUUGGGUUUGGAUUUUUCGCUUGAACAUGUCGAUACAGUACAUCAAAUAUGUAGUGCCAGAUCCGGUAAAAUUUAAACACCCCUUUCCAGACACUAGCGCAGCGUGGGGGAUCACGAGACUAAUCAUGACGCGAAGAUGACGAUCACUGACAGAUGGAGAUUCAGCUGAGGGGAAAGUUCAUUUUUUUUAAAGGUCAUCUUCACAACAAUACCAAAGUAUAGCCAACCCUGUGCUGUUUUUGUUCCUGUCGUUUUUCUGUAUUUUGAUACAAUAACCUAUGCUGCAACGCGGGAUUUCCCAGCUGUUUGAAGGAGCAGCAGAGAUCAUAAUGCUUGGGACUUUGUCAGUAAUAGUUACAGUUCAUAUGGACCAGUUUCUUCUUCCUCCGGAUCAUAACAUGUUAGUGUAAUUAAAAUGUUUGCAUGGUUUUGUGCAGUUUGCAAAAUAUAUUUAAUUGUGUUAUAAGAUGCAAUUGCCCAGAGCGGCUUGUAAACACUUAUCUAUUAUAGAUCAGUGCUUGUACUGCAUCUCUCAGGUUAAAUCUAUGUGGGUGUAACGUUAUUUAACUUUGCAUGGCUCCACAAAGCAAGCCAAUAAUUAAAAUAAUUAGGACACCAACAAAUUAAUGAGCCCAGAG